GUCGAGAGGCUAGCUAGGUCUUUUGGGCGAUUCAGACGGCAUCCAAAAAAAGGAGGAAGAAGGAAGAGAGAGAACCCACCAGCCAUCGCCGUCGCACCCAUCGCCAUCGCCAUCUCAGAUUCAUUUGGUUGGGUGGGUUUCUUACGCAGCUUAAGGGCAAACCCAAUCCUAUUUAACUCAGAUAAUUAAAAUGAAGAAACCUCGAAGCACAAUCUCCACAUCAAGCAAAAUAAAGUUCGAAGAACCCAAAUCUUCGUCUUCAUCCGAAGAUGAGGAGGAGAUAGAGCAGGAGCUCGCAGAUGUGACAUUUGGAGAACUGCAAAAGGCACGCUCAAACGGGUCACAUUUAGUGCACCCAAAGCCCAAAGAAGAGAAGAAGGGUGGCCGGGCGAACAAGAACCGGCCAAUGGAGGUUAGUUGCAAGAAGCCUGUUACAAGAUUUCGAGAGAUCAUUCAAGGUUCGAAAAAAGUGGUACGUGACCCACGUUUUGAAUCUUUAUGUGGAACACUGGAUGUUGACGGGUUCAGGAAGAGAUAUGACUUUCUAUUUGCAAACGAGCUUCCUGCCGAGAGAGAGGAAUUGCUGAAGCAAGUGAAGAAAUCCAAGGACCCAGAAGUCAUUGAAGAACUAAAGAAACGCAUAUCUUGGAUCGAUAAACAGCUCAAAUCUGAGUCAGCCAAGCGCACUGAAGCUGCAAUACUGGCCAAGCACAAGCAAAAAGAGAGAGAAGCAGCAAAGCAAGGGAAACAACCCUUUUUUCUUAAGAAAUCUGAGAUCCGAAAGAAACGACUUGUGGAAAAGUAUAAACAACUCAAGGGAUCUGGCAAGCUUGAAGCCUUCAUCGAGAAAAGGCGCAGGAAGAAUGCUGCAAAGGACCACAGAUACAUGCCAUACCGUAGGCCUGACAACACUGAGCAACAAAUUUAAUGACUUCACUUGGUUCUGGAGAAGCAGAGUAAAUUUUCUUAUUAGCUGAGUGGCAUUGGGAGACUACUGGGUAGUGACAUGGUGAGUUUGCUUGGAAAGCUGCAAAUUUCAGUAAAUUUUGAAGAAAAGCAACCAAAAGAAUAAUUUUUUUUACUAUUUGGAAUUUAGUUGUCAAAUUUGGAUGUGGGUGGCAGGGUGCCAAAGAGUAAUUCAAAUGAUCUUUUUAUUA